AUGUCAUCGUCUAUGCCAUCGUCCAUGCCAUCGCCAUGCUUUACCCGACGCACUGUCAUCUGGAAGCAGCUUGCGCUUCGCAGUGAUGUAGAUGACAUCAUUCUUGAGCUUUUGGGACAAUUCUCUCUCGAGAAACUGUACCUUUCGGCUGGAGAAAAGACAAGAUAUCAGACUGUCAUGAUCAAUCUCUUGGUCCAACUCGAUGCUAUCUUCUACAUCCAGCGUCUUACAAUACCAUCUCGCCAACUGCAACCUGGCCUAUUUCUAGGCUUUCUUGUCAGCUGGGAGGUUGCUGCGCGCACCGUCGAAUUAAUCCUUCAGACUAUUGUCGAAGGACGUGAUAAUCUCUGGGAAGCCACAGCCUUGCGAGACGAAUAUCUCGCCGAGUUUCUGCUCGGCGCCCUUCGCGUCCUUCAGCUCCAUCCCCGAUCACCGCCUUUACAGCGUCCAAAGGAUCGUCGUGCCAGAUUUGCCAGGAUUCAUCGACUAUUAGAACAGAUAUUCGACGCCUACCCCGGCCAAAAGUCAUUCCUACUCACAGUGUGCAAGGAGAUUACCCAACGUCUCCAUGAGGAUGCCAGCUCAUUGUCUCUACCACCAAAAAUGCAGCAGGCUGCCCCGAACUUGACUACCGAGAUGUAUCCACUCACUGCAUGUCUACUGCCGCCAUACAUACUGGAGCUGGUUCCAGCCGACACUCCUUCACCCAGCUGGAUAUCGCAGUUCCUCGCACUGCGGGACAUCGCCCAGUAUAUAAUAGGCGCGUCCUUACAGUACUCUGCCAAAUCCGAGACAUGCGAUGAGCAGCUGUUUCGACAUUCACUGGCCUCUCGAAACGCCAUUUUCGCGGCUCUGCAAAAUCUACAAAUACCGAGCCAGUUCUCAAAAGUCGACGUCGUGGCAUCCUUCAACGCUUACUUCCGCUUGAUUCUAUGGCACACACCAGAUCUGGCGCAUUCUAGCCUCAAUGAGUGCAGCAGAGGCGAAUAUGUACCCGACGCGCUGGACGAACUAACAGAAAGGUUGACGCAGCGGCGAGCUAUCCAGCGCUCAAGCGAUAGAGAGAUGACCUUGAACAUCUCCAAGAUUACCAGAAGCAUACAAAUUCAAGACGACCCGGAAGGAAGCUACAUAACAUCACAAAGCCCUUCGCAAUACGUGCUCAAUUGUCCAAGUAGCCAUACAGUCGGAGGGUCACAGUUGAGGGCGACUGGAGUUACUACUACCCUCGAUUCGACUCCUCUGAAUGAGGUCAAAUUACCGGAGCAAGCCACAUGUAUAAAGUGCGAUGAACGUGUCACUGUCGCACGCGAACUUCCUCUAGCAAGAAAGGCUUGGGAGCUGUUAAGCCCACUUCAGGUUCCUGCUGAUUCCGUCAACGCCGAGCGGCACAUGUCGAACAGUUUCCAGCUGAGCUCUCCUGAUACUGAGCCUCACGACAUAUAUAGUUACAGCACUUUUACAGCGGGCCUCGGUGGACAUCUUCCGACAACCCUCGACUCGAGCAUGAUGCCAGCACGACCACAGUCCAUGACGAAAGAUACUGCGCCCUCAAUCAUGGAUCUGUCGAGCAACAAUUCUUUAGGGCCUUCAUAUUCCAUUUCUAAAAAGAAGAACUCGCUUCUUGCUCACAUCAGUCCCUGGAUCACUGCGGAACCGCCAAAACGAGACACGUCGCCUGAAAUUGACCCAGGCAGCAGCUACUCGCAGCAAGGCAACAGCUCAGUGGCAGAGUUGUCGUAUUUCUCAAUAGACACCAUGCAAUCUCACAAACCCAGCAAUACGGAGCCAUCGAUCACAUCUCCUGCUGCUACAAGAUCACCACCCGGCCCCGACAAAGCGCGUCAACGAUGGAGAGUACCCAUUCCAUUCGCUUCAGCAAAACGACCAUUACCCACAGUUUCGGGAGAUUCGAGCUCAUUCUCGUCGAAUCCAAUCGAUGAACAGCCUAUGGAGGAAAUUCCACUCAAAGGACUAGUGGGCUCGGGAUUGAAACCUUCUACCAAAACCAAGGCUGCCGCGAGCAUACACGUCGCACUGUCGCAAAAUUCGUCGUAUGGGCUACUAUGGAGUCAGUUCAUGAUUCACGUCUGGGAUCUCAGCACAACACCGCCUAGUCAAAUUCGAACUAUCCCAACAGAAAGUACAUGUAUUUUGGCGACGGUUGGCAAACGCCAUGCUGCAUACGUGAUUGGCAGCCGUGAGCUAAAGCUAACACUUCGCAUAAUGGAUCUAACCCAAACCAUGCCAACAGUCACCGAAUACAGAGUGCCAUCAAUUCCAUGGUGCAAAAGUAUUGCAAUCGAUCGACAGGAGAACUAUGUUGUGGUAGGGUUCGAAAAUUCUCUAGUUCGAUUUUUCAAAACUGCAAAGUCGGAACAGCCACGAGAAGAUCACCUGCUUUCCACGCUUCACAGCACGGGCAAAAAUCUUGCGUCAGUCGAUACGCUUGCCUUUUCGCAAGACGGCCUCAGCCUCUUGGCGAGCACACGCAGUACCAAGGGCGUCGUGCAGAUAUACCUAUGGCGCUUUCCAUUCGACAAUUUCGAAGAGCUCACUGGAUGCCGGUACCCUGUGCCCAUGCACGAGUCGGAAGACAAUGGCAUAUCGUCAGUAGUAAUGCGAUCGCAACAAGGCGCUGAGGAGGGUUUGAUAUGCGUCACGACAUGGACCCAGUCUGGAACACCGGUCUUUAUCCAACAAAACGAUGGGAAUCGGACAGAGAUCAAAGCGGCACCAGGUGCCACGCAUGGAAAGCUUGGCAAUCGAAUCAGAUGUGCAACAUUUUCUGCCUCGGGUAGAGAAUUGGCCCUGGUCAAUGACAAAGGCCACCUUUACCUUGCAUCGAAUCUCAACUCCAAGCCAAUCGAAGUUCGCCGUAGAGCAACUUCGCGAGAGCUGACCUCAAAAGGCUGUGCGCUGGCCUUAUCUUUUAUGGAUAUAGACUCUGAAGAAAUGGCUGUGGUACUAUGGGUUGAUCCAUCCCGCGGCAAGGCUUUUAUGAGGAAAACUCUAGUGGGUAGAAGAGUGAGUCAAUACUAA